AUCCGGAGCAGCUUUUUGCAAAGUAGAGGAGGAGAGAGAGAGAGGAAGGGAAACCGAAAGAAAAUCGGCGUGAUAGAACAACCAGAUCCCAGCCCCGGAGCCUGAUUGGAGGGGCGAGGAAUGUCGUUCCCCUCACCCCGGUGAUAUGGGGGAGAUGGAGCACAAAUUCGCCUGCCUCCGGGAACGGCUGGUGGCCACUUUGAUCCAGAGUCCUGCGGAGCAAAACCCUGAGUUGGUUCAGUGCCUGGUGGAGAUGCCAUUGACCUGUGCCCAAAAGUACCAGCAGAUAGAUGCCAAGGGCAUCGUACAAGCCAAUACCCAGGGCCAGUCCCCAAAGGACCUGCGGCACAUCUCCACGGCUCUCAACAUCCUGGAAAAAUAUGGGCGCAACCUGUUGAACCCCCACAAGCCUCUCUUCUGGCGGACUGUCAAGUUCAACAAUCCCGUCUUCCGCGACACGGUUGACACCAUCCAGGGUGGACGGGACGUUCUCCGACUCUAUGGCUAUUCGGAAGAGCAAACGGAUGGGCUGUGCUUCCCACAACAGCUGCAGGAGCCGGAUAUCCCGCGGGUGGCAUCUGUCACGGUUGACGUCAUGAUCUUGCGGGCCGAACUGAACCUCCUCCUUUCGGACAAUCACCCCAACCCUCAGGUUUUGCAAGACCUUAUGGGAGGGAACAGCUUAAAGGAAGACGUUGUUCCAGACUCCAUCUCUCCUAAGAAACACCCGCCUCAACAUACAGUUCCACCACUAUCCCAUCCAGGUUACCUGCCUCCGGAUUCCUGCUUGCUCUGUGGUCUGGAGCCCCCAACGCUGCACUGCCCGUCCUGCACCCAGUCUCUGUGUCCGGACUGUGACCGCCUCUUCCACAAGCACCCCUCGCGCGCCCAUCACCGCCGGGUGCCCUGUACGGAGCAAGCCUGGCGCAGCCCCCCGCCCCCCAGCCAGCCUGCGCUGACCCCUGAUUCGUCGUCCUUGCGGCCUCCGCCGGAGUCCACCUGGCACAGCCUGCCUGGCCAACGGCUUCCCUGGUGCUGUGCCGCCUGCCGCACCCACAACGAUGCCCGCUCCGUCCUCUGCGUGGCCUGUGACCGCCCUCGGGGCUGCAAGACCCCCGUGAACGCCAGUUCCGAGGAAGAGGGGAGCCUGGGGCAGCUGGCCCGCGGGCGCUGGGCCUGUCAGUCCUGCACCUUCGAGAACGAGGCGGCCACGGUGCUCUGUGCCAUCUGCGAGAGGCCGCGCCUGGCGGGGAGGCCUGGCACGGGGGACGCAAAGCCCCUGGUGGCCUGGGGGGAGCAGACGGCCCCACAGCAGGAAGAGCCCCCUGGCUGGCAGUGUGACCACUGCACCUACUGGAACAGCCAGCACGGCCGGGUGUGUGAGGUGUGCAACCGGACCAGCCAGCGAGGGACGCCCAACGUGGUGCUGCUGCAGCAGUCCAAGCCGGAGGAAGAGGAGGAGGAGGAGGAGGAAAAGGCCAAGAAGGGGCCAGCGGAGCUCAAGGCGGAACCCAAGUCUGAACCCAAGUCUGCUUGGAAGCCCCUCCCCAUCUCGCAGGAAGAGGUGGAGCAACGGAGGCAGGAGAAACUGCGCGAGGACGGGCAGAGGAUGGUCUCCAUGGUCAGGGAAGCCGAGGCGGUAGGCGUGGCCCCCGAGCUGGUGGCUGCCGCCCUCCGCUACUCGGGGGCGGAGCUGCCUCUGGCGUGGCUGAAUUCGGAGCUGGCCUGCGUCCUCGAAGGAGUGGCCGAUCUGGCCACGCAGCGAGGCGAGGAGGAGCCGGGGGGCGGACUGGGCGCCGUGACCCGCCAGGAAGCCCAGACCGCGUGGACGGAGAGCCAGGGGGACGUGGACGAAGCCGUCCUCCGGUGCCUGAGCGCUCGGCGUAGCAAGGUGCGGGAGCUGAAGGCGUUGGGGUUUGCGGAGCGGGGCCCCGUGCUGCAGGCCCUUUACCAGAACAACGGGGACCUGUGGCAAGCCUUGGCCCAGCUGCAGGGCCUCCGGCUGGAGCCCUUCCGCCAGCGCUUGUGGGAGGACGACGAGGUCCCCUUUGACUUCCACAGCCCCGACCGGCAGGCUCUCUUGCGACGCCUUCUGGCCUCCCUUUCCCUGCCCAGCUGGGGCCGGGCGGAGCUGGUGGUUUCCCUGAUGCUGGAGCAGCCUAGCGAAGGGGGCCUGGAGCUGGCAGACAUCGUGGAGGCCGUGAAGGCCUCUCCCAGCCGCGACUUCAUCAAGCGCCUCUUGAGCUGGGAGUGUGCCGUCUGCAGCCUGGCCCUGCCGCGGAACAAGAUGCAGUCCCUGACGUCCUGUGAGUGCACCAUCUGCCCGGAGUGCUUCCACAUGCACUUCACCAUUGCCGUGAAAGAGAAGCACAUCACGGACCUGGUGUGCCCUGCUUGUUCCGAGCCCGAGAUCAGCGACGAGCGAGAGCUUCUCAACUACUUCUCCACCCUCGACAUCCAGCUGCGAAGCUGCCUCGACACAGAGACUUAUGAACUCUUCCACAAGAAGCUGACUGAGCGAGUGCUCAUGCGCGAUCCAAAGUUUCAGUGGUGUACACAUUGUUCCUUUGGCUUCAUUUACGAGUCCGAACAGUUGGAAGCCAAGUGUCCCCAAUGUCGCAAGAGCUUCUGUGUGCAGUGCAAGCGCCAGUGGGAGCCUCAGCACCAAGGGCUGACUUGUGAGGAGUUCCUGGAGUGGAAGCGGACCAACGACCCGGAAUAUCAGGCUCAGGGGUUGGCUGUCUACCUCCAGGAGAACGGAAUUGCCUGUCCCAAGUGCAAGUUCUCCUACGCCCUGGCCCGGGGAGGAUGCAUGCAUUUCCAGUGUUCCCAGUGCCGACACCAUUUCUGCAGCGGCUGCUAUAGUGCCUUCUAUGCCAAGAAUAAAUGCCCCACACCGGACUGCCCUGUCCGGAGGUCCCUCCACGGCCACCACCCCCGCGACUGCCUUUUCUACCUGCGUGACUGGGAUAUUCCUCGCUUGCAGCACCUCUUACAGGAUAACAACGUCGUGUUUAACACAGACCCCCCGGCAGGGACUCGUGCAACUCCCGGAGGUGGCUGCCGUGUGAUGGAACAGAAGGAGACCAUGAAUGGCUUGAAGGACGAGCCUUGCGGGAAAGAGACCCAAGCUGGCUACGCUGGUCUCUGUCAAGCACACUACAAGGAGUACCUGGUCAGCCACAUCAACAGCCACUCCCUGGAUCCAGCCACACUCUACACGCUGCCCGAGCUGGAAAUUGUCUGCCGCCGCCAUCUUCCAGGGGCGGUGCUGUUGCCUCGUGGACCAGCCGAAGAUGAUGAAGCCUACCGUGGGCGCUUGGCUAAGAAACUCAUGGACGAGGUGCCUCUCGGCCCCAAAAUCCCACGCAGGCGGAAGUAGCCAGGGCCAGAAGCAAGGCUGGGUCCUCUCUCCCUUUUUGCAGGGAGCAAGCUGGAUGGAAGGGCACCUUUUUAAUCUGGUGUCUUGGGGGUCUUCAUGUUUCAGAGUGCCUUUGGAGCAGUUGUCUUCGCCAAUAUCCCAUUCUCACCCACAGAAAAAACUAUUCCGGAGACUCUGAGAGGGAAGGGAAGAGCGGGGGGAGGAUUUUAGCUUCGGUGUAACUUCAUCUGGGUUUCCCCCGCAAACAAUUAAAAGAGAAUUGCUGGACUCUAAUGGGAGAUUCCCCCUGCACCCUCACCGUGGUGGGUUGGGAAUAUGACUCGUUAACCCAGGGGUUCUCAGGUUCCUGGAUGAUGUUGGACUACAACUUACAUCAUCCCCUGCCACAGGGGAUGAUGUGAGUUGUAGUCUAACAACAUCUGGGAACCUAACCUCGAGAACCCUGCAGUAACCAAAUACUAAGAAGCUGUUAUAGUUCCAGGAAAGCCUGGAUUCCUCUUCCUCUCGAUUGCUUCUUCAACUGCUAUCCAAGCCCCUUCACUGUGACUCCUCACUAAAGAGGAAAUGCAUAUCUAUAAAUAAAGUGUUCUGUGAUUUUGAACCAACAAAAA